GCAGCGCCGGUCGGGUCGGUGGGGCCCUGCAGAGCCGAGCCGAGCCGGGGGGACCAUGCCGUCCUACACGGUCACGGUGGCCACGGGCAGCCAGUGGUUCGCGGGCACGGACGACUACGUGUACCUGACCCUGCAGGGCACGUCGGGCUGCAGCGAGAGGCACCUCCUGGACAAGCCCUUCUACAACGACUUCGAGCGCGGCGCGGUUGACUCCUAUGAUGUGACUGUGGAAGAAGACCUUGGAGAAAUUCAACUAAUAAAAAUUGAGAAACGAAAGUACUGGUACCAGGAUGACUGGUACCUUAAGUAUGUCACUGUUAAAACACCAGUGGGUGACUAUUUGGAGUUCCCAUGUUACCGUUGGAUUACAGAUGAAAAGGAGGUUGUCCUUCGAGAUGGAAGAGCAAAGCUCCCCCGAGAUGACAAGACUCAGAUUCUGAAGCAGCACAGACGCAAAGAGCUUGAGUCCCGUCAGAAAAUGUACCGCUGGAAGGAGUGGCAUCCUGGCUUUCCCCUGAGCAUCGAUGCCCAUUCUCACAGUGAACUGCCUCGUGACAUCCAGUUUGACAAUGAAAAGGGAAUUGACUUCAUUCUGAACUACACUAAAGCGAUGGAGAAUCUUUAUAUCAACCGGUUCAUGCACAUGUUCCAGUCCUCCUGGAGUGAUUUUGCAGAUUUUGAGAGGAUCUUUGUCAGAAUCAGCAACACAAUCUCUGAAUAUGUGAUGCAGCACUGGAAGGAAGAUUUUAUGUUUGGCUACCAGUUCCUGAAUGGAUGUAAUCCUGUGCUGAUACAGAGAUGCACAGAGAUACCCAAGAAGCUGCCUGUGACUAUGGAUAUGGUAGAAUGCAGUCUGGAGAGGAACCUGACGCUGGAAGAGGAAGUGAAGCAAGGAAACAUUUUCAUUGUGGACUAUGAGCUCCUUGAUGGUGUGGAUGCCAAUAAAACAGACCCAUGCACAAUACAGUACUUGGCUGCACCCAUCUGUCUGCUGUAUAAGAAUCUGGAGAAUAAAAUUGUGCCUAUUGCAAUCCAGCUUGGUCAAAAGCCUGGGCCAGACAAUCCCAUAUUCCUUCCUUCAGAUGCCACAUACGAUUGGCUGCUGGCUAAAAUUUGGGUCCGCUCAUCUGAUUUCCACGUCCAUCAGACAGUGACCCACCUCUUACGGACACACUUAGUCUCAGAGGUGUUCAGCAUAGCUAUGUUCCGGCAGCUGCCUGCUGUACAUCCCCUCUUCAAGCUCUUGGUGCCACAUAUGCGGUUCACAAUAGCCAUCAAUACCAAAGCCCGAGAACAGCUUAUCUGUGAAUGUGGCCUUUUUGACAAGGCAAAUGCUACGGGUGGAGGAGGACAUGUACAAAUGGUACAGAAAGCAAUGAAAGAUCUGACUUACCGUUCCCUCUGCUUCCCAGAGGAGAUCAAAGCUAAAGGGAUGGACAGCAAAGAGGAUAUCCCCUACUACUACUACCGGGAUGAUGGCAUUAAAGUCUGGGAGGCUAUAAAGAGUUUUGCAGAGGAUGUGAUCCACAUCUACUAUGAGAGCGACGAGGUGGUGUGUGAGGAUGUGGAGCUCCAGGCUUUCGUCAAAGACAUUUACGUCUAUGGGAUGAGGGGUGUGAAAGCCUCAGGGUUUCCUAAGAUGAUCAGGACACGAGAGACACUAGCAGAAUAUCUCACAGUGAUAAUAUUCACUGCAUCGGCUCAACACGCAGCUGUGAACUUUGGUCAGUAUGACUGGUGUUCCUGGAUUCCCAAUGCCCCACCAACAAUGCGCUGCCCUCCUCCAACAGAAAAGGGGACUGUCACCAUCGAGCAAAUUGUGGAGAGUCUGCCAGACAGGGGACGUUCCUGUUGGCAUCUUGGAGCUGUUUGGGCCUUAAGCCAAUUCCAGGACAAAGAACUGUUUCUGGGCAUGUACCCAGAUGAACACUUCGUGGAGAAGCCAGUGAAAGAGGCUAUGGCAAAAUUCCGCAAGAAUUUGGAUGAGAUUGUCAACACCAUCACCGAACGCAACAAGAACAAAAAGCUUCCUUACUACUACCUUUCCCCAGAUCGCAUUCCCAACAGUGUUGCUGUUUGAAGAGAUAGCCAGGAGAGUUUGGAGGCAUGUAAAGCUAAUGAUGCUUUUCUGUUACAUAUGCUUCUUCAAUUAACUUUCAGAAAUGGAUAAGAAACCCACCCCCUCCAUCAGAGCUGACCUAAGUCUAUCUGAACUUUCAGAACACAUGUGGUUAUGACCAACCUUGCAGAUGAAGUCUAGUCAACAACCCUCUAGGUCAAAUUUGUUAGAAGUUUAUUUUUGCAGGAUUUUAAAAUUAAUCUUAGAAUCAAUAUACAUGUUUCUGUUAUCUUGCCCUCUCCUUGACAAAACAAUGCAAUCACAGAUUCACAUCUUUAAAAUCCUUCCUGUUUUAAAUAGGUGACACCGAUGACAUAGAAAAAUGUAAUCUUUAAUGUAUAUGCAUUGUUUUUAAUCUGAUUAAAACAAAUGUUAAAUAUUUUCACAACAAUUGUGAACAUCCUAAUAAGGAUAAAGGUAAAAGAAGGACAUUUUCUUAACAUAGCUGAUGGGAUUUUAUCACUUUCUUACCAAGUUCAUGUGAAACAGCAUCUCAUAAGAGACGAAAAUUUUGUACCUACAUAAACUUAAGUAUUUUCUGCAUAAAACUAGAAAGGUUUGUUUUAGCCUGUCCAGCAGAGUUUGAUGUCCCUCACACGUAUGGACAAAUGUUUUACUUAGCACAACAACAGCAAGUACAGACCUAGCAGUGCCUAUGCUCAGUUUCUGUUUCGUUGCUUGAGGCUGCUGGGUUUUGUGGACAGUUUGUUCUGUUUUGUGGGGAAUGAGGAGGCUACUUCAUAUAAUGGAAGAAUUUCUGGAGAAGGCUUAAUCGACAGCUUCUAAGAGGAAUCUUAGAUUUGGCCGGUUAAGCAAAACUAACAUGUUCCAUCUGAGUUUUAUCUGUUUUGUUUAGAGGUAAAUAGGUUCAAAUACUUGGGCUUUGGCUAAAGUUGAGAAAGUCACUGAGAUAAUGAAAGCAAAAUUGAGGUUUGAGAAAUUUAAGAGUUGUGCUUUUGGUGAUAACACUUUGGGUUUAUUUUUCUGAGAAUUUGUUCCUUGUACUAAGUGCACCAGCCUGCAACGUAUUUUCUCAAGAGAUAAGAAAGCUUCUUCUAAUAAAACAAAACUGAACAUCUAGCUUUUAUUUCCUAAUUCAGUAUCUAAUGCUGUAUGUCUCAAAAACCUUGUAGGAAUAAACACAAUGUGCUGUGUAGAGAAAUGCAGCUUCUGCUCUUUGAGAAAUAUAGUUAUUUCUAUCA